AUGGACAGUGUUCUAACCUUAAUAAAAUAAUUGGAUAGUGAAAUCGAAGUGCAAUAAUGAUUAAUAUAAAAUUAAAAAUUAAUUUAUUAAUUCUGUUAUCUGUUUUUAGUAAAGGGGUAAUUUGCCAUAAUAAAUACUCAGCUGCUGCAAAUACAAAACAUGAUGAAUCGACAGGAAAUACACCUCUUAAUUUGAAAACAUUGGAUAAACCAUUUCGUAUGAACAAAAUUAACUUACUCUGGUCAAAAGCGCAAAUACGUUUGUCUGAACCCAAAUUGAAGUCGCUUUUUGGCGAAUUAAAAAUUCAUGAUAAGGAAGAAGUGACAUGGAAAAGGUUAAGAGCUGAAGGAAAAGAUAAGGAUGGUCUUAAAGAAGCUGAGUUAAGACAAAAAUUAAUUAACAUAAUGAAAAUGUACAAUCUGUGGGAGCAUUUUGAUGAUACAUCAUCUUCAGAACAACCCAAGCCAGAGUCUGAUAAAUAUAUAAAUAAAAGUUUAUUCAAAGACAAGAAGUUAAAUAAAUUGUGGCAUAAGGCUGAAAUGUCUGGGUUUUCUCCAUUAGAACUUGAAACCUUAAAGGAGGAAUUUAAUCAUCAUCAAAAUAAAAUAGAUGAAUAUUAUUCCAUUCUGAAGGAUGUAAAACAGCCUGAAUCAACAGCAGAGAGUGAAAAUUCGGUCAACGAAAAGCUUGAAAGAUUUAAUACUAUAGAAUACAAUGAGAUCCCCACUACAAAUCAUAUUCAGAAAGCAAACAUGCUCAGAGAAAAGCAUCAAGAAAUCAAGGAAGGAUACGAUCGUUUGCAAAGACUAGCCCAUAAAGGUCCCAACAGUAAAGAAUUCGUAGAACCCAAAGUGCAAGGAUUGUGGAAGAUAGCACUGGAGAGUGACUUUGGACCUGAAGAAAUGGAGUCUUUAAGAAUCGAAUUACUUCAUUAUGAAAACAGGCUUAUGAAAUUGAGACAUUUACAAGUAGAGCAAGUACUUAAUGAAGAGAAACACAAGGAAAAGGCCCAGUUAUUGGGGGAAAAACCCAAUGGACAUAUUCUUUUAGAUGACAAUAUCAAGAAACAAACCAGAAAAGUUGAGAAAUUGCACUUGGACUUGGAAGCAAAAAUUAUGCAAAAACAUUUGGAAUUGUAACAUGAAAAUUACUUGAUACAAAAAUUGUAUUUAUAGUGAUUGAAUUUGUACUAACAAAGAUAUUUUUAAUGUCAAUUACUGAUAAAAAUUGUAAUUGUGAAAUACCGAAAUACUAUUUAUGUAUGCAGCUGUAUUUUUAUUGUAGAUUAAAUAAAAAGUUUUUAAAAAG